AUGCCGGACAUGCUUCCCUCGCCCGCCGAUACGUCAGCAGGCUUUGAUGCGCCUGUGGUGCCGGAAAAGACAUCGGUUGCGUCGUCAAGCUCCCGUCGCUAUCCGACGCUCGCUCCACCGCCGAUGGAGCCUUUUGCCCAACCGUCGUUGGUGCCAGUAUCAGCACCAAUGCCACUGGCCACAAUGCCCCCACCCCCAUCGGCUCAGUCCUCGGCGAGGUCGUCUUCGCCCCUGCGGCUGAUCAUGCCAUCAUCUCCAGUGUCAUCGUCUCCAGCACCAGCGUCUCCGCUCGUUCCAGCCAUAACCACGCCGUCCGCGACACCGUCUGCCACUGCCAUCAGCAAGGGCUCCGCGGCCAGCUCUCAUGUGGCAGGCUUGGCUCCUUUGCCGCACAUGCUGUCAAACAUGACCAUGUCUCCGACGAUGCCACGAUCCUUGUCGAAGCGCGAAUCGCCCGGGAGCAACAGAGAGCGCAAGGCCCAAUCGCGGCAUUCGACGCUAGCGUCGUUAUUUCGCUCGUCCUCGCCACAGCCGCAGCAGCCAGACGUUUCGAUAUCGGCAUCUCCAGCCCAAGAGCUCCUCCCGCCGACCACCCAUUCACCGUAUCCGAUCGUGGGGCCGCCUUCGCCCUCGCCCUCGCCCGUCCUGGUCGACGGGACAGCACCGCUACCGGCGCUUGCACCGCCACUCGCGGGCGUGGCUUCAACGUCUACGCCCUCGCCUGUGCCUGACAUGGCAUUCUCGAGCCCGUCCAGAAGUAAAAAACGUGAUACAAAUCCCGUGACGCCUGUCUCAAAGAGCGUCGUACUGGGGCAUCCACGAACGUCUGCACCAUCCACACCGCAAAUCCUUGUCAACUCACGCGCUUCCCUGCUGUCCCUCGAAGCUACGCCUAGCAGCAUGGUGGCGGACGAUUCACACGCUUCGCAGCGGACGGGGCACACGGAGCCAAUGUUCUUUGAUGCCCGCUCGUCGAUUAGCGACUAUUCGUUGCUGCUGAGACAAAGUGAGCAGCCUUCCCACAAUAGGUCCUCGUAG